AUGCUCCAACCCUCGCAUAGUACUAUACCGUUCCAAAAAACUCCCAACCAGCCCUACUGUGAGACUGCAGAAAAUCUGGUACUCACAGGCUUACAAAGUGAAUUAAUAAUUCCGAUAGAACAUAUAAAAUCAUCAGUAAAUAUUUACAGUCGAGAACGAGGAAGAGAAAGCUCAAGAAGAACCGAAAAGGAAGUGAAAGAGAUGAUUACAAUGUUAUUUAUUAUUCAAGUUGGUGAAAACAAUAUAAAAGAAUUUCGUGCACACUCAAUUGUUUUACGUGCUCGUUCUCCUUAUUUCAAAACAUCACAUUCCGUUAAUUGGAUAACAAGAGAAAAUAAUAUGUUUAUAUUUAAUAAACUAAAUGUUACCCCAAUCGUUUAUGAAAUGAUUUUAAAAUAUAUUUAUACUGGAGAACUUGAUCCAAUCAGGGACGACUUAUCAAUUGAAGAAAUUAUCGUUUGGGAUUAUUUAAUUAAAUGGGGCAUUGAACAAACUCCGGUCUUGAAAGUAAUAAGGCAAAGUGGAAUGAAGAGAAUUAUCAAGCAUUGA